AUGGCCACACAACAACCUUUACCUCCUCUCUCCAUGAAACCCAUUCAAUCUCGAAACAUUCAAUGUAAAGUCAUUUACGAUUUUGAAGCAAAGGAAAAACAAGAACUUUCCGUUCAGUGUGGUGAAUGUGUCGAAGUCGUGAAACGUUACAAAGAUGGAUGGAGUUGGUGUAUUGUCAUGAGAGAAGAACAUGAGAGUUAUGGACUCAUACCAACUGCUUAUUUACACGAAGUUCAACAAGCCACACCUUCCGAUCAUCCACUCUCUCAUCAACAUUCCGUUCUUCAUAACAUUGCGAAAAUUAUUCAACAAGACGCAAAUACGACCUCUAUGAAUGACAAGACUGAUACUUGUCACACAGAUGAAGAAGAACAAUCGGGUCAUAUGACUACUCUUCGGAGGCAAGAAAACAACCAGACAAACAACACACAAAUUGUUUUGGUCGAUGAAGAUGGAAUGGUUUCUGAUAUAUUGACCCAUUCAGAACUGAAUCAUGGAAUCGAUGAAAUCGUAGAAUCAGAUGAUUUAGACACCUCUACAACUACCUUUACCACUAUUACCACCCCAAACACCACCACUACAACAAAUUCGACAAGCAAAGACAAGACCAAAAAGACAACAAAAUUCCUUAAACGAUUAGGAUCUUUCUUUCAAAAGCCUUCCAGUGAAAAGAAUAACCAUCUAUCUUCGAAACCUCAAGAGAAUGAAACAACAACCUUAAAACCACAACUCUCCAUGACCAAUUUAAAGAAAAAUCCUUUUAACACUGUCCGAAUUUCAAAACCUACCAUGAACUCCAUUUCUCAACAACAAGAGUUAUUUCCCAAUCAUUUAACUCUUCAACCACAAAAACGAAAUGCUCCUUCUUCAAGAAUAUCUCCCUUAGACAUCAAAACAAGUAUUGAGCUCAUGUCUCAAUUCGAGAAAACUCAGCAUGUGUGUAAUACCUCGAAACGAAAAUCACAAGAUUCCAAUCACAUUGCUUCUUCAUCCCAUCAUCAUCCAACUGUACGAGAUUCCUUUAAUAUCUUUUCCAAACAUAGAAGAUCAAGAAAGAAGAAUUCACUCACAUCGGAUCGUGCAAUUGAAAUACUGUUGAAUCAGUUGGAAUGUUUUAAAAGAAGAAGACAAUUUACAUUGUAUAUCAAGAAAGAUGAAGGACUGAAAAAACAAAGAAGAAGACUUGACUUGAUCAAGGAAACCAUUGAAACUGAGAGGACGUAUGUCCGUUUACUCAAGACGUUUAUUGAAGUUUUCUACUAUCCGAUUAUUCAUGAUUCGGGAUCUGCGAAAGGCGUCCUCAGAAAAGAGACUUCCACCACACUCUUCAGCAAUAUUGAGCAAAUUUAUCAAAUUAAUCAUACAUUAUUGAAUGAUUGGGAGAGAGAAUUUGAAAUGCACUAUCCCUUCAUACAAAUAGGCUCUGCCUUUUCACAAAUAUGCCCCUUUCUAAAAGCAUAUACUAUUUAUAUUAAUAAUUUCGACAAGGCACAAGAAACGUUCGAGAAGUUACGAGACAAGGACAAGAAAUUUAAGGAAUUUCUUCAUGAAUGUUACAGGAAACAGCAAACAAAAGGUCACCAGCUUGGGGGCUUUCUUAUUUUGCCUGUACAACGAAUUCCAAGAUACAAGAUGUUAAUUCAAGAAAUUUUAAAUUUGACAUCGCAAGAUCAUGUCGAGUAUGAAAUUCUCAAGAAGUGUAGUGUGGAGAUUGAAUCCAUUGCCUCAUAUGUGAAUGACGAGAAGAAGAAGGUUGAACAAAAUCAAGUCGUGUUUGAAGUUCAACACCUUGUUCAAAAACACUAUGGCUCGUUCAUUCAGCCAAAUCGGAAAUUUGUCAGAAGAGGAACCAUGCGUAUUAAAAUCAUAACACAUCACAUAGAGCAGCAGUUAAUGGAUGGAAGAUCUUCAAAAUCGAUAAGACCAGUAUCACUGACAGAUAUUAUGAACUCGAUGGUGUGCAAGGAGGCCAAAUUUGAUAUCUUCCUUUUCACGGACGUGUUGGUAUUAAUUGAAAGAGACAAGAGCAAAAACUCCAACCAUUCGUCUCAAAUUUUGAAUGCAGAUAACCUUCACUUCAUUUUCUUGCAAUUUGUAGAUUGUAGAGAUUUUACCAAGUACUCUCCACGCCAGUCACAACGUGAGUUUAUCGACUCUCCUAACUCCUUAUUGACCAACCACAACCAGAAGAGAAGUAAUAUACAUCUCAAAGAUAACCUCAUCACUCGAGUAGAAAACGAAGAUUGCACGUUUACCUUGGAAGCUUUAAUCAAAUCUGUAAAAACAGAGUAUACAUUUCAAUGUGCCACUGUGAACGACAAGAUGACUUGGAUGAGCAACAUUAAGGAUUGUCUAGAAAGUAUAAGUAGAUCCAAUGUAUCUAAAGGCAUUGAACAAGACAUGUUUAUCAUUGGUAAGGAGAGAGCUUCCCUUAAUCGUAUUGCCAAAUACAAGUUGGAAGAACAUCAAAAACUAGAGAAAUCCAACCUCAUGAAGAUUUCUUACUUGACACAGUUGGACCAACAUCUCUCAAAGAAAAAACAACAACUUGCCAAGCUUCAGAAGGAAAUUAGUAUCUAUGAGAUGGACAAAGAACAAGUACUUUCCGAUGUGAAAUAUGUCACUGACAAGAAGCACAAGAUUCGAGAGGACUUGAAAUCGUAUUAUGCAUCCAUUCAAGAAAAGGAUCUUGCAUGUAUGAAACUCUUGAAUGAAGAACAUGCCUUUAAACUGGUAUUCGAUGACGUUCCUUCCGUGGAUAUUCAAGCUGCCUAUUCAUACAUGACAAACCCAUCGAGAAAGACAAUAUCUACAUCCAAUCAAUCGAACGAAGAGAGUUCUGAAUCCCCUUAA